AUGCGUGCAACUGGCCUUGUGGCGGCCUCGGCCGUUGUAGCAGCAGUUCAAGCAGGGUCGCUUCAAGAUAUUAAGCAUAUUGUCCUGUUCAUGCAGGAGAACCGAGCUUUCGACCAUUACUUUGGUACCAUGGCUGGUGUGCGAGGAUUUGGUGAUCCCAAUGUCCAAGUCAACCCCGACGGAAAUUCGGUUUUCGAGCAGCACCUCAGCUCGACGCAGAAUGGUGCCGAUAUCUUGAAGCCGUGGCAUAUCAACUACCUCGGGAGCGAUUGGGUCAACUCCACACAGUGCAUGACUGCCGGUGACAACGGCUGGGCAACGAUGCAUACGGUCUACAAUGGUGGUUUGGGGGACGGAUGGGCCGGUGCCGAUGGAGCCUACAGUCUGGGCUACUUUACGCGGCAGGACAUCCCGACCCAUUGGGAUAUCGCCGAGGGCUGGACCAUCUUCGACAUGUCCAUGCAGAGUCUUCUUAUGGCCACUGAUCCAAACCGAAUCAUGUGGAUGAGUGGUUCGGUCAACAUUCCUGGGUCGCCUACCAACUUGGACGGCAAGGGCGGCAUGAUUAUUGAUAACAGUAAUACGCCAGGGUGCGAGUCCCCUGGCGUCAAUUGUUUCCCGUUUGUGUGGAAGACGUUCCCAGAGUACCUCGAAGAGGCCGGCAUCUCGUGGCAAGUGUUCCAGGACCUGGACAACUUUGAAGACAACAUGUUGGCGUACUUUGAGCAGUAUCAAAAGGCCCCCAAUAGCUCGGCUCUUCACAUCAAGGGCAACUCAUACCCUGGCCUCGAUGCCUUCUAUGCAAACGCCUCUGCGGGCACAUUACCGCAGGUUAGCUGGAUCAUCGGCCCCCAAGAGCAAGCAGAGCAUUCACCAAACAUGCCCAAGGAUGGAGCAUGGCUGCAACAGCAAGUCGUGGAAGCCAUUACUAGUAGUCCGACUUACAAUGAGACAGUUCUGGUUAUCAGCUACGAUGAACAAGGAGGCUGGGCAGACCACGUCGUGCCUGUAGUCCCGGAGAAGGACACGCCAGGUGAAUGGAUGACUGAUCCGUAUGACGAGUCCCUGGGGGAUGUUCCAGUUGGUCCAGGCUGGCGUGUUCCUCGCUACAUAAUCUCCCCAUGGACACGCGGUGGUAAUGUCUUUACUGAACGAACUGAUCACAACUCGGACAUGAUGUUCAUCGAAAAAUGGGCCGCUGCUAAUGGCUAUGACGGUGUGCACAACGAAGCCAUUACGCAAUGGCGUCGUGAUCAUAUGUCCGACCUAGUUAACGCUUUUGAUUUCGAAAAUCCCGAUUACUCGAUUCCUACCCUUACCACGGCUGCGGAGCCGCCAUCCAAACCUGAAGACCCAAGCGACUAUAGCGGCAACCUGGACCUUGGUUCACUGACCGGCCCCUGGGUUGGCCCCGCCAGCUGCAUUGCGGAUUAUCCGGUUAAAGUCCCCAUCCCAUACGGUGUGAACAACGCGAACCGUGAUAUCAGCCUAACAGUCGAAGAUGGCUACAAGCGCGUGCGCGGGAAUCUCACUGAGGGUCGCUACCUCACCUUCGAGACCGAGGGACAGGCCUUGACAAACGUUGGAAACACAUCCGUCAGCCUCUCGGCGGCCAAGGAAUCCCAUGACGAUAUAAAUCAGCGCUGGAUCGUCCAUCCAGUUGAUGGACCAGGUCACGGUAAUCGUUUUUAUAUCCAGUCAGCGGUGGACAAGUCAUAUAUCACAGCUACAGGGUCACUAGCUGCAGAUGUAGGACAAGCGCAGGCUGUUACCAUCACAUAUACUCCAAAUGGAGCGUCAUAUACUCUGGGAGCGACCACCAGCUCUACAGAUACUGAAAACCAUGGAACAUCACAAAGCAAAGUCCCUAGAAGCAACGCCGCUUCUAUUUCAUGGAAAGAUCUUGAAGGAAAGCCCUUUGAAGUCUUCAGCGUAUCAUACAAAGAUGGUGAUAAUGCGAACACCUUGUUAUACAACGCUGGGCUAUCCAUGUUUACCUUUGACUAUUCAACUUCGGAUCCAAACCCUUCUAAUUGGGUUGGCAUUUAUGACGCCUCGGGCGGUGGUCCAGAUAACCAAACACAAAACCAACCUUCGCUGGUAUACAGCUAUGCUCCUCAAGCCAUGGGAAGCGUAGUAGUUGUGGACCCAGGGCUUGCUCCAGGCGACUACAAGGCCUAUUUCCUUGCAGAUGACGGCUACAAGUGGAUAGCCGAUCCCGUUACCUUUACAGUCAAGGACUAUGGGGGAUCUAUCUCUUUUCAGUCAGGAUCUGAUUUUAUCUUCACUUACUCAACGGGGGAGGCCAACUCAAAGAACUGGAUUGGUAUCUACUAUGCAUUAGGAGGUGGACCCGAUGAUCAGCAAAAUAAUGCAGACUCGUUGGCGUGGGUCUACGCUCCAGAUAGCAGUGGCAGCGUGACUGUUUCCGACCCAGGGCUUGCGUCGGGUUCUUACAAAGCCUACUUCUUGGCUAAUGACGGUUACACCUGGCUAGCGAACCCUAUUACAUUCAAUACUUAA